AUGGCGGAGGCGAGCUCGGACGCGGCAUCGCCUGUGGUGGUGACCACGCUGCCGUCAAUGAACCCUCCACUGUUUUUCGAGAUCGUGGAGGACCAGGUCUACCGCUCGAAUAAGUGCGAUGCGUCGUCGUUUCCGUUCCUGGCCACGCUGCAGCUAAACACGGUGGUGUACCUUUCAUACGACGACCUCUCGCGCGACUUGGCCGCCUUCUUCGCCGAGAAGGAUAUCAGCGUGAUCCACUUGGGCGCGAAAUACCGCACGGCGUCAUCCCAAUGGAAAGGUAUCUCGGAAGGGAUGGCCAAGGAGGCCAUCGAGUGCAUCCUGGACCAAAGACGACACCCCAUUCUGAUCAUGUGCAAGUAA